AUGACAACGAUGACCAAGCCCCGCUGGAACAGCUCCUCCAACGUCGCCUCCAAGGCCACAUUGACUCCCGUGACGCGCACCACGGUGCCGCCGCGCCCCCGCGCCCGGCAGACCACACCAGCCCGUCCGGUCCAAGCAGCCGCACCAGCACCUCGCAAGCCUGCACGUGCGCGACCGACCACCGAGACACGUCCAGUCCCAUUGCGUACCACCAUCGCCACGGCGCAGGCAUCGCGCAUCGCUGCGCUGGAAGCCCAACUGGCCGCUGUGAUCACCGAGUCCAACGCCCGCCAAACUCGUAUCCUCGAGCUCGAGACGAGUCUCGCGACGGCGACGACUGAGCGCAAGUUUUACGAAACCAGCUCCAUGCAGCACUUUGACACGAUCUGCCAUCUCAAGAUCGACGCGGUCGUCCAGGAGGCCGAGGUCGGGCGCCUCGGUGCAGACCUCAAGAAGCAGCAACUGGACCACGACAUUCUCGUGGCUGCCAAAGACGACCAGAUCGCAGAGCUCACGACGACUGUCAAGACCCUCGAGAAGCUGCUCGAGACCGCUACGGCAGCCUCGGACGCAUCCAAGAACGACCAAGUCCAGCAACUGCAAGCGCAGUGCAACGCCAUCGAGCAGCACGCCUCUGCGACCACCAUCGCUCUCAACCAGCUCCAAGCAGUGUACGACGCCUCCAUCGCCACCAACCGCAUCUUGGUCUCUCAGCAGAACCUCCUCAACGAGCAGCUCGGCAUGAGUCACGCCGACUGCGAAUCCAAGGACCUUCAGAUACACAAGCUGAUGACUGCGGCACAAUGGAAGCGACUGGCGACGGCUGCUGCGAUGACCGCCAAGGACCAGGCCAAGGACAAGCAAGUAGCGAAACUCAAGGCCGACGUCCAGCUCUUGCUCAGUAUGGAGCAAGACCGCAGUGACGACGACGAUGACGACGACAACUUGGUGCAUGCAGAGGUAACGCCCUGCGCGUACUUGGACCCAAACUACGAAGCGCAGCUGGAGCCCCGGCUCUUGCUCAGUCUGGAGCAAGACCGCAGUGACGACGACGACGACGAAGACAUGGUGCAUGCAGAGGUAACGCCCUGCGCGUACUUGGAUCCAAACUACGAAGCGCAGCUGGAGCCCCGGGUUUGCGACGGACAUAUUGUCUUGUAG